AUGACGUUCAGCGGCCCAAAGCGAUCCCUGCACGCGGAAGCACCUGGCAACCACCAACGCACCCUGCGACUAGGUGCACCACGUGGCGACCCAAAGAAAGCACCACGUGGCCCCGCAACCAGACGGACGUGGGCAACGAGCAGGCCUCGGGCACUCGACAAUCAGCAGUGGCGCUACACGCGGUCCAACGACUCGGGCGAUGACGUGGAUUGCAGGAAUAAUCGAACAGUUGGAUAUGUUCAUCGCAGCACCAGAGAUGACUUGGAUCCAGAAGAGUGCCCGGUCGCUAGUCUAGAACCCGACCACCACCGAGGAGGCAGACAAAGUCGGCAACGACGGACCCUCUGCCCCACCGUCGAAACCCCACAGGACCCGCCAUGGCCACCAGAAGCUUGGAGAAGCAUCACGUCAGAAGGGGACGAGGACAGUCUCGCGCCGGCUGGGAGCUCCUCAUGGCCACAUGUUCGUCUUCUCCAGCAAGAGGCUCCUAAUGGUGGUGCGCCCUUCCACGGCCUCCUCGGCGGUGGUUCGUCCCGACGAUUCCCUGCACAAAAAGAAAGAAAACUUGUCAAUUAUCCGCCAUGUGUAGCUGCGCCGCCGUCAAAUUCUACGACAGCCAUUUCUGGAGAUGAUCGAGAAGUGGAGGACGUGGGCGCUGCAAUUGAAACCGAAGACUCUGAAGAAAUUUCGAGUUCGAAGUUUUCUUGGAGAGAUCAUUGGUACCCAGUUUCGCUUGUUGAAGAUCUUAACCCUCGUUACCCCACUCCAUUUCAGCUGCUCAAUAGAGAUCUUGUUCUCUGGAAGGAAGGAUUGAUGAGAAUGGGCAUUUACAGUGUUCAUACCAUGGGUGGUCUUUUGAUGGAUGUGGGUCGUGUACUCGAAUCCCUCAGGCAGCAUCAGAAGGGCCCGAGGCCCGUUCCAUUAAGUCCCCAAGGGCUUGUGCAACAAGAUUCCCUACUAUGGUUUCUCAAGGGCUUCUCUUUGUUUGGCCAGAUGAGAAUGGCUGGGAAAGAGCUCAAGCCACUGAUCCCCCCAUAUAGGUUGCCUGAUGAUUUUGAUAAGCCUGAGUUUUCAUCUGUGACAAUUCAGCGUGAUUUGUACUAUGGAUAUGAUACUCUCAUGGAGAAUGUGUCUGAUCCGUCUCACAUUGACUUUGCACACCAUAAGGUUACAGGCAGACGAGAUAGAGCAAAGCCUUUACCUUUCAAAAUGGAAGGUAGCGGGUCUUGGGGAUUUGCUGGUGCAAAUGACGGAAAUCCAAGAAUAAGUGCUAAGUUUGUUGCACCAUGCUACUACAUUAAUAAGAUUGAGAUCAAUACAAAGCUUCCAAUCGUGGGGGACCAAAAAUGGGUCAUAUGGAUUUGUUCCUUUAAUGUUCCAAUGGCUCCUGGAAAGACACGCUCGAUUGUUUGCAGUGCCCGAAACUUUUUCCAGUUCACUAUGCCGGGACCUAAAUGGUGGCAGGUGGUCCCUCGAUGGCAUGAGCACUGGACAUCAAAUAAGGUGUAUGAUGGGGACAUGAUUGUACUCAAGGGUCAGGAGAAGAUAUUUCUCUCCCAAACCUCGGGUGAUAUUAACCAAGAAUAUGCCAAAAUUACAUUUACGCCCACGCAGGCUGACCGUUUUGUGUUAGCAUUCAGGAAUUGGCUGAGGCUGCACGGGAACAGCCAGCCCGAGUGGUUUGGUAGCACCAAACAACAGCCUUUGCCGUCCACCAUGAUGUCCAAACGCCAGAUGCUGGAUAGAUUUGAACAGCACACUCUAAAAUGCUCGUCGUGUAGAAAUGCGUACAGCUCCUUUCAGACACUGCAGAAGAUUCUGAUUGGUGCUGCUGUUGUUUUUUGCGCGACAACAGGCAUUCCUCCUGAAAUGCAAUUACGAACAGUUUUGGGGGCAUUAGCAAUUUUGAGUGCUGGGUUGGCUUAUGCUGUUAAUGAAAUUCAGAAGAAUUUUGUGUUUGUUGAUUAUGUUCAUGCCGACAUCGAUUGAUUACAUCAUACAUAACUAAAUCAUUUUGUUCCAUGAGUUGUAUCAGUUGGUAAUAUUCCAUCUUUCUAGCAAUAUGAAGCUUUGGAUAGUUCAAUGACAAAUUUAGUCAGACUGAUAUACUGAAAUUAAUCUACCCAAAACAAUCUGCAACUCCAGCAAA